AUGGUGCGGCGUGGGGCGGUCGCGGCUGCCCUGCUGCUGUUCGUCCUGUGCCAAACUCAGGCCGAGCCAGAAUUCACCCAAGAUAUCAAUGCAGGGCAGAGGACUCUCUUGCAAAAGGAUGAAUACGACUUCUCGAAGGCCAAGAGCCUCUUGAAGAAGCAGCUGAAGGGCAAGCCCUUCAAGAACGUUGUGGAGACGACGCAUUUGGAUGAAUGCGUGGCAUAUUUCGACGAAGUGUGGCCAGAGGAAUGCGCGCCAGACAACUUGGCAAAGGCGGAUCUGGACGCCUGCUGCAGGGCCGGAAGAUUUUUCGUCGAUGAAGGCAACUGCCUGUGCGAACUCCAGGUCGCCCGCGGCUUGCUGGAGGGGGACGCCUCUCAGGGCUUCGCCUCGCUGGCGGGCUUCUGCGGCAUCACCUUCCCCAUCCCCGACGACCUCGAGCAGUUCAUCGACAACCCGGCCACCCUGGACCAAUGCCAGCCCUACGCGGCCUCCAGCAUCAACGGCGUGCUCAACCCCGAGUUCCUGGGCCUGUCUGAAGAAGAAGUCGAAAACACGCCCCUUGAGGACUUGCCCACGUUCAUGGACCUCUACGAGCCGCCGCCGGCCGGCCCCUUCAAGGUAAACUACCGCAUAGUCGAGGUGCAGCGGCCCAAGCCGUCCAUCAUCCAAAACAGCAAGUCCACGGAGACGUCGUUCAAGGCGCUGGUGGUGUUCCCUGUCGAUGAGGCUCCCAUUGAGGCCACCCCGGAGGGCGCAAAGCGCAACGACGAGCAGGCCAUCUCUUCCAAGGGGCCGUUUCCGGUCCUGGCGUUCUCCCCGGGCUUCGAGGUGUCGCCCAAGAACCACUUCAGGACCUUCCACCAGUUGGCCUCCCACGGCGUGGUCGUCAUCUCUCAGUACUCAACCGCGGAGCUGAUACUGAAAUUCGACGAGGCCCUUCUGCGAGCGUGGGUGGACGACAUAGUGUACGGCCUCCAGCACAUGGUGGCGCAGAACUCUGAGCCCGGCUCCUUCGCAGAGGGCAGGGUGGAUGUGGACAGGCUGGCGGUGGGCGGGCACUCGAUGGGCGGGGCGCUCAGCAUGCUGGCCACCGUCCUUGCCAAGGAAGAGAACAGCCUCCAAGUGCAGGUCUCCAUGCACGUCUCCCCGUCCUGCAAACUGCGCGGCGGUCUGUGCGACCUCGCCACGGAGGGCGCAAGCCGGCUGGCAGGCGUGGACGUCCUGUUCAUAGCCGGGGACAUGGACGGCGUGGAGCCCAGGGAGUACGCGGAGUUCUUCCAGUCGCAGCUGCCCGAGGGGACGGAGUCGGAGCUGGUGGUGCUGGAGGGGGCGACGCACUGUUUGUGGGAGGACGACCCAGCCAAGUGGCGGGGGGUGCUGGAGUGCGGCAAGGGGGAGAAGAGCCCGUUCGAGGCCAUCAAGGAGAUGCAGGAUGCCAUGCUCGGGUUCCUUCAGGACAAGGGAUAUGUGACAGGAUACGAGGGGUGA